AUGCCCUAUUCGGCCUCUCGAAACUUUGAAGUGAAAUAUGUGAUUCCCAGUUUCUCUUUGGGUGGCCCGGUACAGGCCAUGGUGACGUAUGAGGAUGAAGAGAUUGGGAGUGCCUUAUUUAUCGCCACACGCAAUCGACUACAUGUGCUUGGAGCUGAUCUGCAGUCUAUCCAGAGCCUGGCCACUGGCCCUGUUGGGGACCCUGGCUGCCAGACCUGUACAUCCUGUGGUCCAGUUACCCCAGGCCCACUGGGGGACACAGACACGCUGGUCCUGGUGAUGGAUCCUGGGCUUCCGGCGCUGAUCAGUUGUGGAUCGAGCCUUCAAGGCCGCUGCUUCUUGUAUGAACUGGAGCCCCAAGGAACAGCCUUGCACCUGUCCACACCAGCCUGCCUCUUCUCACCUGAACACAACAGGCCUGAGGAUUGCCCUGAUUGUGUGGCUAGCCCAUUGGGCACCAAAGUGACCCUGGUUGAGCAGGGCCAAGCCUCUUACUUAUAUGUGGCAUCUUCACUGGACCCAGUGGUGGCUGCCAGCUUUAGUCCACGCUCUGUGUCCAUCCGACGGCUCAAGGCGGAUGCCUCCGGAUUUCAACCAGGCUUUCCUGCCCUGUCGGUGCUGCCCAAGCACCUGGCCUCUUACCCAAUCAAAUAUGUGCACAGCUUCCACGCUGGAGACUACGUCUACUUCCUGACUGUGCAACCUAUCAGCGUGACAAGCACUCCUGGUGCCCUGCAAACACGCCUGGCACAACUUAACGCCGUGGAGCCGGAGCUCAGUGACUACCGAGAGCUGGUUCUCGACUGCCAUUUUGCACCUAAAAGGCGCCGUAGGACCUCCCAGGGCACACAGUCUUACCCAGUGCUUCAGGCUGCCCACUCAGCUCCAGUGGGUGCCCAGCUUGCUGCUGAACUGAGCAUCUCAGAGGGCCAUGAAGUGCUAUUCGGGGUCUUCGUAGCUGGCAAGGAUGGGGGUCCUACCACAGGCCCCAAAUCUGUUGUCUGUGCCUUUCCUAUUCAUUUGCUAGACUUCAUGAUCAAAACUGGGGCUGAGCGCUGUUGUGAGUCUUCAGGUGAUUCUAGUUUCCCCCGAGGCCUUGACUUCUUCCAGACAUCCAGUUUUUGCCCCAAUCUGCCUAUCUCAGAGGUUCCCAGCUCCAGCAAGAGCUGCUACCAUUUUCCUCUAUUGGUCAGCAACAGCCUCACACGCGUGGACUUAUUCAAUGGGCUAUUAGGACAGAUGCACAUCACCGCACUGCAUGUGACACGUCUUGGCAACAUCACCGUGGCCCACAUGGGCACCACGGAUGGGCGUAUCCUGCAGGUGGAGCUAGCCCGGUCACUCAACUACUUGCUGUAUGUGUCCAACUUCUCACUGGGCAAUAGUGGCCAUCCCAUUCAACGAGAUGUCAGUCGCCUUGGAGACUAUCUAUUCUUCGCCUCUGGGGACCAGGUCUUCAAGGUACCUAUCCGGGGUCCGGGAUGCCACCAUUUUCUCACCUGCUGGCGUUGCCUACGUGCGCAGCGUUUCAUGGGCUGUGGUUGGUGCGGGGACAUGUGUGGCCGGCAGAAGGAGUGUCCUGACUCAUGGCAACAGGACCACUGUCCACCCGAGAUUACUGAGUUCCACCCCCACAGUGGGCCUUUAAGAGGAACCACAAGGCUUACCUUGUGUGGCUCCAACUUCUACCUGCAUCCUACUGGGCUGGUACCUGAGGGAACUCAUCAGAUUACUGUGGGCCAAAGCCCUUGCCGGCUUCUACCUCAGGACACCUCAAACCUCAGCCCUGUACCCCGCAAAGACUUUAUAGAGGAACUUGAGUGUGAGCUGGAACCCUUGGGCACCCAGGCAGCGGGGACCACCAACGUCAGCCUCCUCGUGACCAACAUGCCACCAGGAAGGCACUACCGGGUAGACGGCACCUCCAUAAUGGGAGGUUUCUCUUUUAUGGAGCCAGUGCUGAGGAAAGUGCACCCCAUCUUUGGCCCACGGGCAGGAGGUACCUGUCUUACCCUUGAAGGUCAGAAUUUGUCCGUAGGUACCAGCUGGGCUGUGCUGAUCAAUGGAACUGAGUGCCAGCUAGAAAGGGUCAGCGAGGGGCAGAUUUUAUGUGCCACACCCCCUGGGGCUGCCACGGCCAAGGUCCCCCUUCACCUACAGGUAGGGGGUGCAGAGGUGUCUGGCUCCUGGACCUUCUACUAUAAGGAAGACCCUAUCGUGCUGGCAAUCAGUCCCAAUUGCGGCUAUUCCGGCUCCCAUGUCACCAUCCGUGGCCAGCAUUUGAGCUCAGCAUGGCGCCUAGUGCUGUCAUUCCAUGAUGGACAAAGAGCUGUGGAGAACUGGUGUGCAUCUGAAGGGCAUCUGGAGCAGAUCCAGUGCCGCCUGCCCGAAUACGUGGUCCGAAGCCCUCAGGGAUGGGUGACAGGAAAUCUGAGUGUCUGGGGAGACGGAGCUACUGGCUUCACCUUGCCCAGCUUUCGCUUCCUAGCCCCUCCGACUCUACCCAGCGCUGAACUAGCCCCAUUGAAGCCUGAGGAGUAUGCUGUGAAGUUUGAGUAUAUUGGGCUGGGCGCUGUGGCUGACUGUGUUCGUGUGAACGUGACUGUGGGUGGUGAGACCUGCCAGCACCAGCUCCGAGGGGAUGUGGUGGUUUGUCCACUACCACCCUCCCUGAAACUUGGCAAGGACGGGGUUCCAUUGCAGGUCUGUGUGGAUGACGAGUGUCGCGUUUUGGGCAGAGUGGUUCGGCCAGGCCCAAGCCCAAUGAGAACACUCCUUAUUGUCCUGCUGCUCUUGGUCUUCCUCCUGGCUGUACUGGCCGGGGCACUGAUUUUCAACCACCGAUGGCGGAGGAAGCAGCUAGUUCUUUCUUCCAACCUCGAUGAUUUGGCAUCUCUGGACCAGACAGCUGGAGCUAUGCUCCUGCCAAUGCUCCAUUCGAGCUCAGAUGACCCAGGUGGCCUUGUACUCUCUGCCGUUGGUGGGCAAGACUCCAGUACCCCGGCCCAUGGAGAAUCAUCAGAUAAUAGGGAUGGAUCCUGUGUCCCACUGUUUCGGACCGAGUCCAUCAAGCUCAAGGACCUAGACACAGCACUCCUCGCCGAGGUCAAGGAUGUACUGAUUCCCUAUGAGCGGGUAGUCACCCACAGUGAACGAGUCAUUGGCAAAGGCCACUUUGGAGUUGUCUACCACGGAGAAUACACAGAUGAGGCUCAGAAUCAAAUCCACUGUGCCGUCAAGUCAUUGAAUCGUAUCACAGAGGUACAGGAGGUGGAGGCCUUUCUUCAGGAGGGGCUGCUCAUGCGUGGCCUGCACCACCCCAAUGUUCUGGCUCUCAUUGGUAUUGUGCUGCCACCUGAGGGGCUACCUCAGGUGCUGCUACCCUAUAUGCGCCAUGGAGAUCUACUCCGGUUCAUUCGUUCACCUCAGCGGAACCCCACUGUGAAGGACCUCGUCAGCUUUGGCUUGCAGGUAGCCCGUGGCAUGGAGUACUUAGCAGACCAGAAAUUUGUCCACAGGGACCUAGCUGCUAGGAACUGCAUGCUGGAUGAGUCAUUUGUAGUCAAGGUAGCUGACUUCGGUCUGGCCCGUGACAUCCUAGACAAGGAAUACUACAGUGUUCGACAACAACGACACGUGCGUCUGCCUGUCAAGUGGAUGGCCCUAGAGAGCCUUCAGACCUACAGAUUCACCACCAAAUCUGAUGUGUGGUCCUUUGGUGUGUUGCUGUGGGAACUGCUGACACGGGGUGCUCCGCCGUAUCCCCAUAUUGAUCCUUUUGACCUCAUCCACUUCCUGGCCAAGGGUCGCCGUCUGCCUCAGCCUGAAUAUUGUCCCAAUUUUCUGUACCAAGUGAUGCAGCAGUGCUGGGAAGCAGACCCUGCAGCACGACCUACCUUCAGAGCACUAGUGGUGGAAAUGGAGCAGGUAGUGGCUUCACUGCUAGGGGACCACUAUGUACAGCUGUCGGCGGCCUACGUGAACCUAGGCCCCAGCACCUUGGAUGAAAUGAAUGUGGUUUCGAAACAGCCUCAGUCCUCACCAAUACACAAGAGCACAUCUAGGCCUCGGCCUCUCUCAGAGCCACCUCUGCCUACUUGACCUAAAGCCUAGGCAGGCCCUUGGGGGGCUGGACUUGCUGAGUAUCCUUGAGCUAACUCCAAGCUACCUCUGGAUCAUUCCCGGCCUGAGAGCAUUGGAUCUCCAUCUUGUCUCUGCCCUUUAAUCUUCAGAGGUCAUAGGAGGAGAAUAGAGGACAUUAACUCUCUUACUCCCCAGAAUGAGCCAGGGAGGAUGAUCCUUCUGUAGCAUAUAUUUAUGAAAUGCCUGCUGUGGACCCUGACUGCUGGACAUAGAUAAUUCAGCAGUGACCACAGAGACACUACCCCUUGAAUCAAUUUUUUA